UUGGCGUUUUUAGCAAUCUUAGUUAGUAGCAGUAAUGCUGGUAUCCUACAUGAUAACAGCCACGGAAGCCUCUCUGUCCCACCGCCGCCACCACCACUAAAUGUUCUACACGCGCCUAGCUCAUUUUCCGCCUCUUCGAGCUUCUCUCCUAACAGUUUUCCAUCCGGGUCUUUACCCUCGGCUACGUUCUCAGGAAAUGGGUUCAUCGGAAGUGGUUUUGCUGCCGAAUCUCUUGAAGGACAUGGUGCCGGUUUCGGUGCAUCUGGAGAUUCCGGGGCCAUACUUAGUGCAGCAAGCUUACCUGGCGCUACUGGAGUUAGUGGACCUUUGGGAGGGCCAUUAAGCGGACCUUUUAAUGGACAAGGACCUUUUCUAGGAUCAUUGGCAGGAGGCGAUGCCCCACCUCCAGGUCUUAGAGCACCCGUCAUCAAUGAAAUACACGGUCUUGCCAACAGAAACGGAGCCCCAACUCAAUACCGUGUACGCGAUGAACCCUAUCAAGUUCUGCGUGAAGUUACUCACAGAGUACCUCAGCCCGUACCUGUGCCUGUACCUCAACCUGUUCAAGUGCCAGUCCCGCAACCUUACCCCGUCCAAGUUCCCGUCGUCAGGAAUGUUCCAGUUCCAGUGCUCAAUGUUCAACGCGUGAAUGUGGACAAACCAGUGCCUUACCCAGUUGAAAGAAUCGUCAAGGUACCAGUCGAGAGAAAGAUACACGUACCUGUAGAAAAGCACGUUGAAGUGCCCGUUCCUGUAUGGAAGCCUUAUCCUAUUCAUAUUAUUAAACACGUUACCCACUACAAAAAGAAGAGCUGUUGCUGGUGA